GAUCUUUUACCUCGAGUUGUCUACAUGAAGUCGGAUUGACUGGAUCUGCCGCGGCGCCAGCACGGGGGUGACGUCGACUCGACACGGCCCUACACGCGGCAACUGACGGCUCACCCAACCAACACACGUCCAGUCUCAGAUGCACGAUUGACGUGUCUAAACGGGAGCUGUACGCUACAUUGCGGGGAACCGCAAGCCCCUGACUACAAACAGCUAUGGAGUCCGAGGUCUACAAAGCGUCGCUGCUGCCGCUACCCGACAACUCAGCCUCGUCGACAUCUUCAACAUCACGUCGAGGGGAUUGGAGGAGUUCAACACUCUUUCAUCGUGUCGUCGUUGCAUUCUGUAUUAUCGCAGCCUACCUCGGCAUCUAUACAUUCAACAGUAUGACAUCCGCGGACGCUGACGUAUCACCAUACACCGAAUCGAUCUUCCUGCCGUACAUAUACAAGUUCAGCGCUAAGCAUGUACCGCAAAUACAAACUAUCAUCAACGGUAUCGAGAUUGAGAUGCCAAUUGAUACAGGCAGCACAAUGACGUUGAUUGGCGCAUCCAUUCUACCCAACAUCAACAAAACCAUAGGAACGCCCGCGCACCAUUUCUUCACCAGCAGCAAGAUUCUGUACGUUGGGCGGCUCGUAGAUCUACCAAUCGCGUUCCAUGGGGAAAGCGGCUCGCAUGCCGUUGCGGAAGUACCAGUCCUGCUGGUCGACAAGAGUUGGACGUGUCCGUGGUAUAAACCAAGCACACCAGCAGGGCGAUUUGAAUGCCCAAAGGGACCUAACGGCGAAGACGCUGUCGUUCGAGACACGUCCAAGAUAACAUAUAUGGGUGUUGGCUUUGGUAGAAACGGGCCAAAGGAUGGUAUGCCCUAUGCCUCCCCAGGAGUAAAUCCAUUCCUGAAUGUGGUAUCGAUCAAUGGGCGAGCAGUAUCGCCGCGAUCCAUGCGAACUGGAUAUGAGAUCUCUUCACGGGGCGUGCAUCUCGGCUUGACAGAAGCAGUCAUCAAAGGUUUCAGCUUCACACGCCUUGAGCCGGGCUUGACACACGACGAGGACUCAAGAGACUGGGCCAUGGUCAAGAUGUGUUUCAGCAUCGACGGCGAGGGGAGCCAUUGCGGUCCUGGCUUGGUGGACACCGGCAUCGCGCAGAUGUAUAUUCGAGCUGAAGAAGGCUGUUCAAUACCGAAAGUAAUGAUUCGAAACCCAAAUCCGAACGGUACAGCGAAGAUGGUGAAACGCGUCAAGCCUGGCACAAAGUUUGCCAUUGGCUUCCCAGCGUUGAAUGAGUCUGUGAUGGCUUACACGCUCGUAGUCGGAGAAGGUUCGCAGAUCGAGCCGAGUUACGUCUUUCCAGAAGCGUCUCUGCGGCCACCGUUCGUCAACACAGGGCGGAAUCUACUUUGGGGCUAUUCGAUAGCCUUCGACGCAGUCGAUGGGCGGUUCGGGUUUCGGCCGAUAGAUAGCUCCUCAAAUCCACCGCCAUCUCGCAGCACCGUGUUGCGUUUUCUCUGCACCCACGUUUCGUGGUCGGGCAUCAUGCCUGGCAGGCUGGGCGAGUGGAAGAGCGUCUGGCUCGCGAAGGAAAUAUUCAUGGACUGGGUAGAUCUCUAG